AUGGCGGAAUAUCCAACUCACAAUGGCAGCAACCACUCUCAGCUCGACAAGCACAUGAGCCCUGACGAGGCUCUCCGAAAAAUCCAGACGUCUGGAAGUAUCGCUAUAAGCCCGGAACUCUUCGAAAAGCUCUAUCUAUCACCUCAAAACAAAGUGAAGGGCGAACUACGCAAGACCUUUGCCAAUCCCACGCCAAUCGGCCUGAUCGGUUUCAUUACCUGCCUCGGUCCGCUUGCCUGUGAUCUGAUGGGAUGGCGAGGGGCUGGCGAACUCGGAGCUGCCAGCAUUCCUUGCUUCUUCUUCUUCGGCGGUGUGUUGAUGAUCACUGGUGGUCUUCUUGAGUUCUUCCUGGGCAACACCUUUUCUGCAGUGGUCUUCUUCACCUUUGGCGGAUUCUGGUUGUCGCUCGGUGGCACACUCCUCCCGCAGUUCGGCGCGUACGCAGCAUAUGCUCCUGCUGAUGCCGUCUCGCCUGCUGCCGGACUCAAGACUCAGGGAUUCAAUGCUAGUUUUGGGUUCUUCAUUUUAUCAAUGACCAUGCUCUGUUUCGUAUUCCUCAUCUGCGCUCUGAGGACCAACAUUGUCUACGUCAUCAUCUUCACUACCCUCACUCUCACUGCCGGAUUCAUCACUGGUGCAUACUGGGCGAUGGCUGCCGAUUAUGCUGCAAAUGCUGCGUUCGCCGAGAGGUUGCUCGUUGCUGCUGGCGCUUGUUCGUUCGUUACUACAGCCUGCGGUUGGUGGCUUCUGUUAGGCAUUAUGUUGGCAUCGGUCGACUUCCCUUUGGCCUUGCCCGUGGGAGAUCUUAGCACUGUCAUCCGCGGGGCGAGUGAGCGAAGAAAAUCUGCGGUUUAG